GCCCACUUCAACCCCACCAUCCUUUCGUUCGAAGAGGCAAGGUUGCGCGGGCGCUAUAUAGCACCGCCUCUUCUUCUCCGUAUCCGUCGUCUUCUCCGGUGUGCUGAAAGAAACCUUCCGGCGUCCUAAAACCAGGAAACAGGAAAUGGAUCGUGAAGAAUGUCGGCAGGCGCUACUGACUCGAGUUCUGGGACUUCAGAUGCUUAACCGAUGGGGUGCAGAAGAAAUUGUUCACCGCAUCUUCAACGUACUUACACUUGAAAAUAUCAGGCUGUAUGUGAAUGCACCGGCUGCAGACAUACGCACCCUGAUUGUCAGGAUGGAGUCUGAGUUGCUGCCCAGGGCUCCAUCACCAGGGUCUGAGUUCCCGCCCCCCUCUUGGGCCCCUCAGGGUCAGGCUCUUCCUGCUGAUCAAAUCGGAACUUCGCAGCUCCCUGGUUCAUCAAGCGUCUCAGAUGAUGGAAUGCGUGAUUUCCUGGACCCCUCUUGGAACUCCCAGGGUCAGUCAAGCAGCACUUCUGUGGCGGUCCAGUCUGCCCACACUGGUCAAACUGAAACUUCACAGCUCCCUGGCUUCUCAAGUGUCCCAGACGAUGGAGUGCGUGAUUCUCUGGACCCCUCUUGUUACUCUCAGGCUCAGUCAAGCGGCACUUCUGUGGGGACCCAGUCUGCCCAGGCUGGUCAGCAUUCACAAUUGUCAAGUGUCCCAGGGUGCUCAAAUGUCACUGGAUGUCCUCCCAGUAGCUCAAGGCAGUGGCCUGACACCUGCCGCGUCUACAUCUCUACACGUGGACUUUGCCCGAUGGGUUUAAGUUGUGGUUUCUCUCAUGGAUUUGGGUCAUCAGGAAAAUUUGAGAUGGAAAUCAGGGGAAUUCUGCUGCAGAUGGGAAGACCAGUUUUCAUAGGGGAGGUGCCAAGGUUGUACUUCCUUCUGUACCAAAAGGAUCUGCCAGUGGGAUCUGUUUUGGAUCCUUGGGCCCUACCAAUGUUGCUUCGGGCUCUGCAUACAGUUUGUUGGAUUCCUGACAGGCCUCGAAAUUUUCUAGUCCUGGUGGAACAUUCGCAGGCAUACCUGAAUUACCCUAAUCAUCUACGUAUCGUCUUGUAA